UCCCCAAAUCCUGAGUCCGGAGCGACCUCUGUAAGGAAUGUGGGAACCAAAUCCAGUCUUGGUCCAACCUCCGGCCUUAGCAGUCAGUUGGAGGAUGGCAGACCCUCCCCAGCUCACAGGGGCGUGCAUGGAUCCACCCCAGCUAUCCCCCCUCUCAGGGGCGUAUCUUAUGAUUGUUGUGGGGGAACCCUUCAGUGAAGAGCAUAAGCAGCUUAUACUUCGUAAAAUUGAGCAAGGUUUAAAGAGUUGGGAUAUCUCCGAGGUUCAUGUGGACCUGGAGAAGGAGUUGUCUGUGAUCACGGACUGUGCUCCACCUGGAGAGGAGGCCAGAGGAGGAGAGCGAUUAAUUCAAUUCGCUACAGAAAACUUAGUUACUGAAGUUCUUAUUCACCCUCAGGUGAACACACUUCAACAAUGCAUGAAGAAUAUGCUUGGAAGCUUUACCAAGCAUCGACAUAUUAUACAUGCUGGAUACACAUUCGCAGCUCAGGGUUCCUGGAUACUGCAGGAUGGAAACUUCUCGAAUGAAGAGUUUGUUAGUGUUUUUGAAGAAUAUGAUGUACAGCGUGUCAUCAGAUCCUUCGAGAGAUCAAUCUCAAUCCAUCUUCACUGUUGUCCCAGAGGAGAUUGGAACCAGGAUGUUAUGAACCAGCAGCCGUUCUCUAAACUGUGUCAAGUAUCUGUAAACCCUGAGACAGCAUUCAAGGAUUCGGAACCGGUUUCCCAAUUCAUCAACUAUCUGGAUCCGUUCCUACAACCACAAUCUAUCCAGGAACGACUCCCACCCUCAGAUGUGGUGGGAAACAUACGGUUCAGCCAUCCAACCCUUUAUGUGUUCCCGGGUGGACAAGGAGACUCAGCUCUCUUUGGCAUCAACGGGUUUAAUAUGCUCAUAGAUGGCGGGUUUAGUCGAAAAGCUUGUUUCUGGGAUUUUACGCGGCAUCUGGAUCGUCUGGACGCAAUACUUAUUACUAGACUUAAUGAUGAAAAUACCCAAGGAAUUAACGCAGUAUUAGAGAGGAAGGUUGUGAAUAAUGUUUAUCCACAGAUUGGUCAUUUCUUCGCCAAUCUAGUUGUUGGAGAAGGAGAGGUCGAGAAGAAAGAUGAAGCUGAUAAAGAUCAGCUUCUAGUAAAUGUUGUUCAUGAAGCAAACUCAAUGAUUGAGAACCUUCGAAUUCUCAACCUUAAACCACAAAUAUGCUUCCGGGAUAAUGUGUGUGACCCCAUUAACCUGUACCAUAAGGUCGGGCAUGGCAAGCUUGACAUGUACGUGCUCAACCCGUCCAAAGAUUCCCGGGAAGUAAAAGAAUUUAUGUCACGUUGGAGUGAAGAUGGUGGCCAUCUUGGCACCUUCAAAUCUGGAAUAAAUGUGGAUGGGAAGGAAUUAUGGCUUCCAAUAGCAAACUUAGUAUCUGUUUGUGCACUUGUUGUCUGGCACCCAGCUAACCCUAAUGAUACAAUUACUAGGCUUCUUUUCCCUGGUAGCACCCCGCAGAAUAAAAUAUUUAAAGGAUUAGAAAAACUAAAAAAGUUGGAAUGUUUGAAAUAUUCAACAUGCUCAGCAAACACCUUGCAACAGGCAAAAUCUAAACAACCAACUCAAACAAAAGAAUUUGAGAUGAAGAAGGAAAAAGUAUUUAAACCACAACAAUCUGAAGAAGAAAAGAUUGCAAAACAAGAGAAACUUGCUAAAAAGAAAAAAGAAAAAUUAAGAAGAGCAAAGGAAGAAAAGAACCAGUUUUAA